GUUGCUCGCGUCCGAACUUUUGAGGCCGCCACCGCAUUCGUGCUUCGACCGCCGUCGAGAACACACGCGCGCUCGUCGACUCGCUCACCGGCCGGGGGCAGUGAACGCGUGUGAAAUAUAAACUUGUGGACUGUGCGCAUGGACUAGCCACGAUGGUGCGAAGUUUGUCUCAGUGGACGAAGACUCUGAGCUUCCCUUCGAGGUUGUCUCCCAACCGCACGUCGAAGGAGAGCGUGGUGAAUGUCCAGCCGGGGUCUCCCGGGGUGUCCCCGACCCCCAGCGCCUCGUCGCUCCCGCAAAGCUCCGAGAAAACCAUCUCCCCCAUACCUAUCACCGAGAUCAGUCAAAUCAUCUAUCCAGAUCCCGAGUCGGAGAAGGCGAUUAUGGGAUCAGUGGUGUACUGCAUCCACCACAAGGAAGGAUGCCAGUGGUCCGACGAACUGCGCAAGCUCAAGGCGCACCUGAACACGUGCAAGCAUGACGCCGUGCUCUGCGCCGCGCAGUGUGGGGCCAUGAUCCCUCGCGUGCUGAUGCAGGACCACCUUCGGUACACCUGCUCCCGGAGGCGCGCCAACUGCGAGUAUUGCGGCAAGGAGUUCUCUGGAAGCGCCCUCGAGGAGCACCAAGGCAACUGCGGCCACGAGCCGGUCUACUGCGAGAACAAGUGCGGCGCCAAGGUGCAGCGGCGGCACACGCAGCAGCACAUGCAGCAACACUGCAGCAAGCGCCUGGUGCCGUGCCGGCAUUGCUCGCAGCGGUAUACUCAGGACACAGUGUCAGCUCACGGGGCGACGUGUGCCCGUGCUCCAGUUCCCUGCCCGCAGCGCUGCGCCGCCGCGUCCGUGCCUCGGGACGAGCUGGACACGCACCUGAGAGACCACUGCGCCGCCGCCGGCAUGGCCUGCGCUUUUAGAGACGCUGGGUGUCGGUUUAAGGGAACCAGACAAGCCCUAGACCGUCACACGGAAGACAGUUGCCAACAGCACCUGGCGCUAGUCUCUGCGCUGGCCACGAGACAAGCCCGCCAGUUGGACACCCUCCGCGCGGCCGUGGCGCGACUGUCCAUCAACUGCUCCGGAGCCCUGGUCUGGCGAAUCACGGACUGGGCGGCCAAGAUGGCGGAAGCCAAAUGCAAAGAUGGCGUCGAGCUGAUUUCUCCUGCUUUCUACACCAGCCAGUAUGGAUAUAAGUUGCAGGCGUCACUGUUUCUGAACGGCAACGGAGCGGGCGAGGCGACCCACAUGUCCGUCUACAUCAAGAUCCUGCCCGGGGAAUACGACGCUCUGCUGCGGUGGCCAUUCGCCCACACCGUGUCUUUCACCCUCUUCGACCAGAGUUCGAGUCCCGAGCGGGCCUGCAACAUCGUCGAGAGCUUCGUGCCUGACCCCUCCUGGAAGAACUUUCAGAGACCCUCAAGGGAACCCGAUGCGCUAGGCUUCGGUUUCCCAAGAUUCGUUUCCCAUGAAAUGCUGAAGAAGAGGAACUUUGUCAAGGAUGAUGUCAUGUUCUUGAGGGUCAAAGUCGAUCCCAGCAAAAUUGUCGCCGUUUAAAUUGCUUGUAACUUUAAGAUAGAUAUAGCUUUUGAAGUGUCAUUGUUUAUGUCGAUUAUUUUAUUAUGUUUACGAUUUCUUAAUCAACAUUUACUAAAAGACUUUUUACUACAGUAAGUUGACUUAAUUCCGUGGCUUAAAUCUAAGUUUAGGGUUAGGUUAAUGACUGAAUGUUCAAAGUGGGGACGCACAAAAUAAUAUCAAAACUCAGUCAAUGUUAUUUAGUCGUAGGUAAAUUAAAAGUGAGUUGUAAAUAUUAUAGUAAUUUGACUACAGUAAGUAGUUUCAAAAAUUAUAGUAAGUUUUGUAAAUAAUAUUGUGAAUAUUAGUUUUAGUUAAGAAGCGUUAGUUCGCUGCAUUGUUAUCCUUUCACCGAAGAUCUCUUGUGUUUCAUUGCCGCUAUGAAGCUAACAAGCUGAGCAUCUUUUCAAAGAAAUACUUACUAAAUUUAAAAAAUCAAAUACAUAUCUGAAAAUCUUCCGCUACAUCUUUCACUGUUUAUGUAUCUAAGUAUGUUUAUGUGACACACGUUUUUACGGUUUAUCUGCAAAGAUGGUGUGUUGUUUGAUAUUUUCCAGUGUUUAGACUUAUUUUUGGUUGCCUUGUGACUUCAUUUUAAAAGGCAUUUUUAAAAGUAGUUUGGACAAACUUAUUCUCCUUUUAUAUAUAUCUUGUACAAUUGUUCUUCAAUCUUUGAAACAUGCUUGGCUUGUUAAAUCGGCAGAUCUUUGUAUAUAUUCUCUGUAUACAAGCUUAUUUAUCAAAUAACUAAAAGUUUUAUUGAGAAAAUCUUGUACAUACACGACAUUCUGUUACGGUCAAUACUAUUUAAGAUUUUGUAUAUUUAUAACACUAUAUACUUACUUACUUUUAAAGUCUGACAUUGUCUUACUGUGUGUUUAAACCUAGCUGGAGUUAGACCAAAGUUUUGAUAGCUUUGCGUGAAUCAAUGUACAUUUCUACGCGAAGCUUUUCAGUUUUAAUAACAGGGCUAAAGCCCCAGUUAUAUUUGUGUUUAAAAUAUCUAUACCUUUAAGCAUAUUUUCAAAUAUAACGUGUGUGCUUUUAAAAACUUAUUAUUCUCAUGGAAUUUUAGUCAACAGUAGGCAUUAGUACCUAGGUAAUGUAUGAUGCUUUUAAAUAAAAUUGUUUCGCCAGUAUAGUUUAUAAUUAGAUCUCUCUGUGCUUGCUUUAAAAUACGAUUUUUCAUCUCAACUGAAAAUUAUACAUUCCACAAAAAAUACUUUUACUUUAAGCCUGGUAACUUUUAACCUUUCCCGCUCUCAUAAUAUAUCUCCUUAUUAAGUGUGUACCUUUGAAAUUUAUGCAUUUUAUCUCUUACUUAGUAUCUAGUUAAUUGAAUUUUAGAUUUAUUUAGAGCCUUAAUAGUUUGUGAACAAUGAGACUAACAAAGAAAAUUUAGCCUAAGUUUAGAUUAAAGUAUUUAAGGCAGCGUUUUCGCUUUAGUUUUGUAAGUCAGCAAUUUUGUACAUGAUGAAAAAUAUAAUUAUAUUUUUUUCUUAUAAA